AUGACAAGUCCCGCACACCACCAUGGACUUGUCAAAUGGUUCAAUACUAAGACAGGGUACAGGUUCAUCCAGGACCUGCACACGGGGGCAGAUGUUUUUUGCCACGCAUCUGGCCUCACCCGGCCUCUUAAGGAUCGCCCUCCCAGAGAAGGCGACGAAGUCCUCGCCGUCCGGGAGGGGAUUAAGGGACCAGAGGCGUGGGAGGUGACGCCAGUCAGCUCGACGUCUUCCCCUCCUACGACCAGGCACCGCACACCACGGAAGAAACCAGUUGAGGAGGAUAUACAGGCAAAGAUUUAUGCCUGUAUAUUCACAGCAAAGGCCUUAGCAGGCAAGGAUCAUCGCCGGCUUCAGGGGCUGAUUCCUCUCCUCCUGCAGCAUAACGGCCUACCCGCAGUGCACAUCCCUCUACGCGCCUUGACUGCGAACACCAGCGCCAACACAAGACUGUCUCUUCGAGGCCAUCCUGGAAAUACGGGGAAGACGGAAGUUGAAACCGUGGCUGCUCCUAACUACCAACAAGAAGAAGCAGCGCCAGCGGGAGACGAGCCCAAGAACCGGGAAGAGACGGAGACGCAGGACGACCCCAGGAAGCCAAAUCCACCCUCCGACCCCCAGCCCCCCUCCGGCAACCAGGAAGACAACGACGGCUGGGUGACUAAGAAUAAGCGGCGACGGAGGAAGCCAUUCCUUCGGCUCGUGCUGCCAAAGUACUACGUGGCCUGGGUGUCCACUGGAGUGGCGUCGUCCAGAGUGGCUGGCGUGGAUACGUGGCUGGGCCCUUUGCCCCUUACACAGGGCGGCAGUCUGUCUCUAGAGAAGGAAUGA